GGAAACUCCGCCAGAAGGACGUCACGAUCUGCAGACGUCGGAGGCGGACCUGUUCGGAAGGAGCUCCGUUCGGCCACAGCGUGUCUGGGGCAAAAUGAAACAUGGAUGAGGAGAUCGCUGAAAGUUGGGAGGAAGCGGCUGAUAGUGGGAGUUUAUGACAUCAAGGACGAGGCUCUGAAGGGAGAAGCUGCUUCUCGGGCUAAACUUACAAAUUUGAACAGAUUUGCUACGGAAAUGGAAAAACGGUUAGAAGAGAAGCUUCGGAUCAGCCAGAAAGAAAAAGAAUCCAGUAAUUCUUCACGGUCACCGUUAAAAACAACCAUGGUAAUACAGGACAACUCUUUACCAGCAGCACCUGCACCUCAGAUACGCAUUUUGAAGCGGCCGUCAAGUAACGGCUCCCUGGGAUCCCCGCUGAAUCAGAACAGGCCAACGCCGCAGGUGAAGUCUCUGGCCCAACGAGAAGCAGAGUAUGCAGAGGCAAGGAAGCGAAUACUGGGCAGCGCCUGCCCAGAGGAGACUCCUCAGGACAAACCCAACACUGACAGGCCAGGGCGCAAUAACUCCACUUUGCCUUCAGAGGACUCCAGAUCAAACAGUCACAUUGUCCGACAGCCGGCCGGCCCAGAUGGCACCCAGGGGUUCUGACAGCACAGAUAAGCGGGUCUCCAGGAUGACCCGGCUAUCGAGGGGAGGGAGAGAAAGCUUAAGGGCCACCUGAGAUCAGACAUGUACCGUUUUCUUAAAUCUUCCUUCAGUUCUCUCAUAUCAGAUGGGCCGCGACUCUGGCUGCACCGCUGUGCUCAUCUUCCUUUCUGCAGCCACCCAAAGCCAUCAGGGAGCGAAGAACUCCGGGAGGAAGUCGGAAUAAAAAUGAGCUCCUUUCCCCCCCUCUCUAGUCUGUUUGACACUGUGAUUUUGGACUAAUUCUGGACUCACUGUGAUGAUCCCCCCUUCCCCCCUUUAAGAGUCGCCCCUCAGCUCCAUGUUUCUCCUCAUUCUGCCCCAGCAGCUCCAUCCGAGGACCCUGGGAGGGCAAAAGCAAAGACUGGAACAGAUAAUAGUUCAGAGACGAGGUUACAGCAGGAGCCAUAUCAAAACUAAAUCAGCGACGUCCUCCCAGCAAUAAUAUCAAAACAUCACUUUUAUUCUUCAUGUUGGAUUUUAACGUUUAGUUUUAUUUUGUCUUUAUCUGCAAAAGGGAUGCACCGAUAUUUUAUAAACCACGGUUAAUGUUUUUACACGUCACUGAGAAUCAGUAUUAAGAAAUAAAGUUUUAAAGAUGAGUACCUUGUUUUUUACGAGAUAGGAAUGAUAUUUUUUAUUUGGUAAAAACUAUAUUUUGCUAUCGACAUAAACAAACUUCCUGUCCAGCAGCAUGUUGUUUCUUCCAUAGAAGAUGCACCUCCUGCUUUAUGCUGCAUAAAGUAUCAGUGCACCCCCUUAUAUUUGUAAAUGACAUUUGUGUUUGAGGACAUGUCUGGGGUCGUGUGUGUCAAGCGGUCUGUUUCUGUUUACGGUUUGUUUUUAAAGCUUUGUAUUUUUUUUCUUUUGCGGAAAAAAAUGUCUAUUUAAGAGUAAACAAGGAAAAAAAGAAUUUAAGAGGAUUAAAGUCAAAUUUUAAGUAGUUUUUCUGCCUUUUACUAUGAAAUGGCGGCCGUUUUAAAGCAGUAUUUUGACAAUUAUAAACCAAAAGCCCUUUUAAAAAAAUGAAUUAAGCUAAAAAGUCAUUAUUAGUUGAAAAUUGUGCUGGCAGCAGUUUAGAGUUGGGACUAAUUUAUUGCCCCUCUCCCAGCUUCGUUGUCUCCAUCUUGUCUGGUGUUGCUGGUUUCUUCACAUCCUCCACUGGAGUAGGAACUCGGGUCCAUGUGAUUGAGACUGAAUGAAUGAAAUGAACAAAGAUUGUAUUUUUCCAGUGGGUAUGAUUGCUCAGUCAACCGAUGUCUGUAUUUAAAUUGGGCUCGGCACUUAGAAACGGUGCUCUGUUGAACAAAAUGAGUACUAUUUGUUGUUUUGUUUGAUUUUAGCAUCUUGGUCCGUGAACUGUUACUUCACCUCCUGUGGGAUCGUUGAGUAAAAGAUGAUCUGCUACUAAAACAGAACGGCACCGCAGGAUGUGAAGCAGCAAGCGCGGCUUUCCAGGACCACUGCGCCCAAUGUCUCCACAGAGGAGAUCUCAGCCAUAUUUAGUGGUGCAAGAUCAUCAAUACAAAAGGCUCUUAUGGUCGUGUUUCAAUUCAGCUUGUGCCUCCUGUAAAUCUUUACUUCCUGGUUAUUGAUUUUAUUUAGUUUAAUAAAUUGAGAAACUUUUUGAAGGGGAAUUCCUGAUAUUGUUAAAGAGAUUUUAGUUGAGGGAAUCUAGUGGCAGAGCAGGAACAGGUGAGCGGAGAUGAGCUCAAAACUGCCUGUAAAACUGAUUUAAUUAAAGAAUUUACAAAAA